AAUGGUGAUUUUUCCAAACAUGAUCUGAAUGAGGUUUAUGAUCCAAAUAUUACGAAAUCCAUAGACAAUUGCAAAGAAAUCCUCAAAAAAGAUACUGAUUUUGACGCUAAAUAUGGUGUGGAAGAGGGCACUGAUGAAAAGGAAAAAGAAUGUUGUCCAGAAGAUGAAGAAUUUGAUGUAAUGUCAUUGAGGAAAUUGGUUAAAAUCGAAAGGAGAAGAACGAAAGCUGCUUAUCGAGAGCUCGAGAAGGAGAGGACCGCCGCCUCGUCUGCGGCAGACGAGGCAAUGGCCAUGAUUUUGCGGCUCCAGAACGAAAAGAGUUCAGUUGAAAUCGAUGCUAACCAGUUCAAGAGAAUGGCAGAGCAGAAGCAGGAGUAUGAUCAACAAGUCAUUGAAUCACUGCAAUGGAUUGUAAUGAAACAUGAGUCAGAAUGGAGUUCAUUGGAAAACCAGUUGCAAUUGUGCAAGCAGAAGCUGAAGCUUUAUAUGGAAGAUGAUGAAUUAGACCAAUUUGAACUUGAUGGUGGCCUCGACCAUUUUCAUGAUGCUUAAGGAGAUGGUAUGGAGAAUACAUUAGUUAGCUCUCUUGAAACUUAAACUUUGGUGUUGUAAGUUGUUGAUUAUAGUUCACAUUUAGGAGCUCAAAUGCUCAUAUUUUCAAGUUUGGAAAAGGGGUUAAAAACACUACAGUGUAGCUAAAUAUGCAAAACCAAUUGCAGUUGUGCAAGCAAAAGUUGAAGCUUUAUAUGAAAGAUGAUGAAUUAGGCCAA